GAAAAGAGAACAUCUGUCAUGUGUUUAUGCGAUAUGUCUGAUUUUUCUACGACACAUUUUCGAACAAUUAUCGAAUUUCUUGUGCUAGUGAGUGAAUAAACGAUCGAUGUGAAAAUGGCGCUAUGCUUGCGCACGUUUUCCCACAAAAUCGCACCUAUAAACGGUAUUGUUUCCACAAAAAAUCAUUCCAGCCGAUUGUCUAGAAAAAUCCCAGUGCGGGCUCACUUUCUGGAAGAUUUCCUCCAUCGCCGGCGCAUCUCGAGUUGUCCAGUGCCGUCAAGAUGUGCCGUAGACUCGAACAUAGACAAUGUUUACAUUCACGAACUGACCACGGCGGCAUCGCCUCGAGGUUAUCGCGAGGAGCGGCCCGACCGGGAUGUGUACAACCGACUGAGCUGCUAUAAAGACGGCAUAGCCGUGAGGUCGUUGGGGCUGACGUCGGACGACUAUGUGGAGAAGACCUUACCUUUUGAGUUUGACACACAUGAUAGUAUUAGAAAUAUAGAUUUAUCCAAAUUUGAAGAUAUAGAGUCACUGCAACCAACUUGCCUCUCCGCCUUCGAGUACAAUGCUGUGUACAGCACGGGAGGCACCCCAGCCCCCGCACCCUCCGAACUAGACAGAGAAGGGAAGCCCAGUGAGGAGCAGCUCGCUAAGGUGUUCCAUGUGCUGUCGGAGACUAUGCCCAAACUCUUCAUCAAGCCGCUGGACUACUCCAUAUACCAUCCCAAUCUGAUUUUUGUCAACAACAUCAGAGGAAUGACCACUGUUGGUCUAAUACACUAUGUUAAACAAAUCGCGCUGCUGCGUACCGUGGGGCAUCUCAAGUUCGCGUACGUGCGCUUCGAAGUGAUGAAGAUCACCCAGCACCCGGAGGACUCUACUGUCAAGAUGAGGUGGCGCGUGCGCGGCAUCUCCGGGUUCAAAGUGUUCUUCAUGUUCUGGAAGUACAAGCUGUGGAACAUGAAGGAGGCCUUCGCUGAUCAAGAGCUAUGGUACGACGGCUUCUCCACAUUCUACGUCGGAGGCGACGGGCUCAUCCAGAAACACGUUGCUGAUAAGGUAAUGCCAGACCAGGACACGAUAAUAGACGACGAAGAGAAAGCACCAAUAGCAGCCAAGAUCGCCCUCCUGAUAGGCCUCAUACCGCGCAACUACCUGUCAGACGUCUCCCCAUACUUCACGGCGUCGCCCGGCACAGACGAACUCACCGCGCUGCCGUUUAAGACGGUCGAGUGAUUAGCAAGGGACUAAUCAAAGUAGG